UUUCCUCAAGAGGGGGACUGAGAGUUUUUUUCUUGUGAAAAUUAAUUAUUUGUCAUAAACAAUUAAUAAUGCUUUGAAAUCGGAAAAGGAUAGCUCAAAUUUAGGGCUGUCUGAGACCAGCAGCCGACAUUUGUGCUCUCUCUCAUCUAUAUAAUUACAAACACUUAGACCGGCUUGAAGAAUCAUUAAUUAAAGAAAUGAAGAGUAGUGCUGAUCCAAGUGUGAUUCCAGCAGUGACAGUGGUAUUGGAAGGGCGUUCAAUAUGCCAAAGGAUAAGCCUUGAGAAGCAUGGUAACUACAGAAGCCUUGCUAAAGCACUUAGGCAGAUGUUUAUAGAUAGUGGUGACAUUGAGUCAUGUUGUUCAUCAUCUCUAGAUUUUGAUCUUUCAAAUGCUCUUCCUGGUUACCUUAUUGCUUAUCAAGACAUGGAAAAUGACCUCCUCCUUGUUGGUGAUCUCAACUGGAAAGAUUUCGUGAAGGUUGCUAAAAGAAUCCGAAUUUUGCCAGUGAAGCCGACCUCACGGAAGGGGAAAACGGAGAAUAUUUAAUCAUUUUUUUGUUUUCUUUUGCUUUUUCUUUCUUUCUUUUUUUAUUUGCGGCAUGUUGAAUCAUUAUGUUUGGAAUGUAUCCCAAAAAAUGCAUUUAACCGAAGACAUUUGUAAUUUCUUUAGUAUUAUGUUUGUAGUUUUUUUGUAAGGAAUGGUAUGUCUCAGCACUCCAAUUUUCUCUUUUGUUCAAUUGAAUGUUUAGCUCAA